AUGUUUUCUGCUGGUCGCCAAGAAAACCGCCGUAAUGUCACAGCCAAUCUUCAAUCCCACGAAAAUGAAGUUGAAGCUGAGAACAUCGUUUACCCAAUGCGCCCCGAAAGAAUCGAAUCGAUCCGUCGUUGGGCGAACGAUGUCGGUCGGGAACAGAGCCAACAGAACGUUCAGAGCUCAGGCCGUAUCCAUUCCGGAGUCGGAACUUCCUCGCUGGAGAAGUUCACCGCUUCUAGUGAAAGCGAUGAGAUAUCCGUGAGCUCCGAGGAUGAAGACGAUAUAGCUGAUCGUCUGGACCGUGCUGCUCUUUUACUCAAUCUGAAGAGUUCCAAUGUCCAUCACGCGAAACCACCGUCAUCUACACGUUCUCGACCUCCAUGGACUGGUGACACCACACAAACGCGACGGGGUCCAAGAGCCACCGUAAAGACUAGCGUGUUCCAAGAUGUGCACGGUCUCAGCCUGGGGGAAGGGACUUCCAUCUAUAACGUUGGUGGGUCUGUCCGCGUGACUCGUCGUCAAGAUGGCGGUACAGUGAGAGAAACUGUCAUCGUAAACGAUGGGAGAAACACUACUGUUUUCAAUUCAGUAAAUGGCAGACCGAUUGGCCCACGGGAGCAUAACCCUCUCAAGACUCACCACCAUGAUGCAAGUGGCUUCCAGCACCGAGAAAGAAGGUUCAAUUAUGAUCGUCAGCCCCAUUCUCCCGAUUACAAUCAAGGCUCACAGAGAUUGAACACACUCAAUGCUCUUCCAAAGGGUCUUCCUCCUCGCCAUCUUCGUGGCAAUCAGAAUCGUAAUCCCAAUUACAUCAUUCCUCAGUGGGGCUAG